AUGUAUGUUCAAUUAAUUGAUGUCAACUGCAGGAUGUCCAAGCGCACGGCAUCCGAGUCUCAUGGUGAUGAACCUAUCCCGAAACACGUCAGGAACCAUGAAGGGAUGAGAGCGCCAUCACCGCUGGCAGAUCACGGCGCAUGGUGCAUCCUGGAACAGUAUCUCACCACAGAUAUGACCUACCCUCAGAUGGAGGCGGCCAUUACUUCGCACUUGGGCGAUCGAUACAAUGCUGACGAUUGGAAAAAAGCUUGUGAUGUGUUGUUCUCCGGUGAUGGAGAUGACAGCCUCGCCUUAGCAAAUCUUCUUGCCUUGAAGGCCAGAUAUGUGCCCCAGUGCGCCUCUGGUCCAUCGACAAUCGGGACUCGGCGCAAAGAUUUUGCCACAUCCAUGUCUGCCCCAAAGGCAGCCGGUCGCUUGAAAAACGCACGCGUCCGAAGACCAAAAAAUCCCUUUAUCGACGAUGAAGCAUCUGAUGAUGAGGAAGAGGAGGAGGAGGAGGAGGAGGAGGAGGAGGAGGAGGAGGAGGAAGAAGAGGAAAACUUCCAGUUGGAGGGCGAUGAUGGCUCUUCUAUGGGGUUGUUGAACGUUGCACGCUUGCCAGCAACUUUAUCGGCCAAGGAUAAGUUAUCCGUAGCAAUCGAUCGCAUCUUUGACAGGUACGAAGGGAAUGCACCAGACACGUAUCCUAGAGCAGCCUCGUCCUCUGGCGCGGUCCAAAGCAGGAUGUACCUUCUCCAUGUUCACAGAUCUGCCACGCAACGUGUCGCUGAACAUCUAAGGAGCAAGAAAUUUGUGGUUACCGUAUCACCUUGGAUACCAAGCCAGAUUUAUGCUAUCUCAGAUAGCCCUAGAACGAUUGCGACGUUGCUUGAUCUACUCUCUUCCUCCGUGAAAGAUUAUAUUCGCAUUUCGGAAGAAGAACAAGCAGCAGUCGGGCGUUCACACUUCACACUCCCAAACCCAGGGUGGGUGAAAAUCACUCAGGGGAAGUAUAAGGGCGACAUCAGUUAUGUCUUCGAUUCUAAACAAUCAAAUGAAUUUGUUACAGUAUUAAUUCCCCCACGUGACUUUCCCUAUGACAUGCCUAAGAGAUCUGUGGCACUUCUUGACCGAGCUCGCUUGCCGAAUAACAAGACAGUGUCCGACAUCCUUCAGGACGAUAGAGUUGUAGGAUGGUCCUACAAAGGAGAGCGGUACUACAUGGGGCUUUUAUCGAAAAACUUUCGCCGUGACAGCCUGGAGCUAAAAACUCUGGUGGCCUUUUCACUGCAAUUCUUGCGUGUCGGAGAUUCGGCCAGGCCUAUCACAGGAGAAAUCCGUUCAAAAAUGGGUAUGGUCGUCUCGACAGACCAUGUGUCUGGCUCUGCACGCUUAGAGUUCACCCUUGAUGGACAUCGACAAGAACUGGAAUUCCGACUCCAGGACAUUGAACAUGUCUUUUGGGUCGGCAACACGGUUCAAGUUGUAGCGGGCGCUUACACAGGUUUAGAAGGGUACAUCAUCAAAAAGUCUGAGGACUUGUUUCACGUGGAAGUAUCUAAGUACUACUUAGAUCGUCGUCCUCUAACUCACGUGCUUCAAUCCCGGCUGCCAACGCAGCCAGAUUUCGACCCUCUCCCCAAGCUCAAAUCUCUUCAAAUCAGUGACGACAUAGAAGUGUGUGCGGGAGAGUACAUGGGACGAUGUGGGAUUGUAAUGUGGUUUCAUAUAGGAGAAACUACGCUGUGGGUUCGGACUGGGGGCAUCAUCCAGGACCAGCUCAUCAAUGUCCCCGUGGCAUUCGUACAGCGCAUCCGCCCCUUCAAGACUCUCCAGUUUACUAAGGAAAGGGGUUACAAUGUUGGGCCCGGAGAUGUUGUGAUUGUCACCCGUGGGCCAGAGUUCCAGACAAAAGGAGUCGUGCAAACCGUGGACUUUCCAAACAUGUGCCUGACCCUGAUAUCUGAGGGUGAUUGCGCACUCGUGGACGUUCCUAUUGGAUUCGUCAUGAAAGUAUCCAAUUCGAACCCGGAUUUGUUUCGCGAUGUCAUCGGGAAAGAAGUUUUCAUUAUCAGAGGUGCACGGAAGGGUUAUCAAGCCAUGCUAUACCAACUCAGUCAGGAGACUUGCUCCAUUGCUGUGCAUGGGCAAGCGCACACCACAGUCAAACACGAGGACGUUGCUACUAGCAUGAGGUUAAACGGGUCAAUACUCGAAGGACUAGACAUGAUCUCCUUCUGCGACAUGCAGAGGAAAUCAUACCUAACGCCCCAAUGUCAAAGCAAGACCCCACCACCUGACCCCGUAGUCCCAUCCAGUUUCAAUAUGGAUCCCAGCUCCAGUGAGUGGUCCAACUGGUCUAGUCACAACAAUCGUGAUCCGACGGAUAGCCUUUCUGACGUCAAGGCAUACGACCCCUGGGUUGCUAACAAUGCAGAGGAUAUCGAGGACACCAUUGCAGAUAGAAAGGAGAAGCAGCGAAACGACAGCCCCUUAUCUUGGUUGAUCAACAAGGAGUUUGCAUUGAAGUUGACUCAAUAUCACGUGGUGCUUAAAGUAUCACCAAGUUUCAUGGGAGGCAGGCUGCAUAAUCACUUUGUAUUCACAGCGUGUCCCGACCCGUUCUGUGGUGACAAUGGACCCGCACCUGAUGGCUGCAUCGCAGUGUUUUGCACAUCCAAUGGUGCUGGAGCUGCGCUUCAACACUACCAUAUUGAUGUCAGUGAUUUAAGUCCAGCUCUGCCACGCAAAAAAAACCAAAAGUGUCUCAUUCUGGAUGGUGAUUCUCGCGGUGAGGUCCUAACUAUCGCAAAGUGCAACAUGAAGAAGAAUACUGUUGAGAUUGCAAUUACUGCUAGGACUAGCUUCACUUUGCGAUUCGAUCAGACAUCAUAUCUCUCACUGCUCUCAGACUCCCUGUAG